UUCUCUCCGCAGCCGAAGAAACAGCUCGCGAACUUCUCCCUUCUUCUUCUUCUUCUUCUUCUUCUUCUUCUCCUCCUGCACAAGCGUGUCGCGGCGUACCUUAACGCGUUCGAGGAUUCGGAUUCCCGCACGAUGUCGGGCGCAGAAGACGGCCAGAAGCACGCCCCGCCGCAGUCCACGGCGCCGCCGUUCGCCCCUCCGGCGGCGGCGGCAGCGGACUUCGAGAGCCCGGUCCCUCCGCCGCCGGCUGCGGGGGCGGGGUCGGGGUCGGGGAUGUGCCGGCCAUCGUGAGGCGGUGGAGGAGGGACGAUCUGGUCCGGAAGGGCUCCCUGGUGCUCCGGGGGCUGGCGCUGCUGUUCUCGCUGCUCGCCUUCAUCAUCAUGGCGAGCAACAAGCACGGCGACUGGAAGGACUUCGACAGAUACGAGGAAUUCAGGUAUCUGUUGGCGAUAUCGAUCCUGGCGACCCUGUACACCGGAGUGCAGGCGUUGCGGCACGUCCACCAGAUUUCUACAGGGCAGGAUCUGGUCAAGCGCCAGACGUCGGCACUGAUCGACUUCGCCGGCGACCAGGUUGUGGCAUACCUCCUAAUAUCGGCAGCAUCUACGGCCGUGCCCAUGACCAACAAGAUGAGAGACAAUGUUGAUAACCUGUUCACCGACUGCUUAGCGGCUUCAAUAAGCAUGGCCUUCUUUGGCUUCCUCACGUUGGCUUUGUCUGCACUUAUUUCCGGAUACAAACUCUCAACCCAGUCCUACAUUUAGUUUUGAGUUCGUUCAGCUCACAUGUCUAUUGUUUGUACUGCUGUUAUACCUUCAUUCUUUUUAUGCACGGGGUUCGAUUAUAUCUUUGUAAAUUUCGAUGGUUUCGUGGAAGGAGUGGUGUGUUUCGGCUUGCCUCUGUAUUUUAGUUUUUGGGUGUUUCAAUCGGUAAAUACGUACGAUGAAGAAGGUUUAGAAA